AUGGAGCAGCAACAUGACAUAUCAGGUUACAGUGAAGGCGGCAGCGACAGCUACUCAAAAGCUAUCAAUGAAAAGUCGACCAGAUUGAGAGCAUCAUGCGACUCCUGCACGCGUGCCAAACUCAGAUGCGAUCAAGAAAAGCCCUCGUGUGCCCGAUGUACGGAUCGGAACGAGAUCUGCAACUACAGCCCCAUGGGACGAGUUGGCCGACCACGACGCCCAGCAACAACCACCGAGUCGGCUGCACCGCCCUGUCAAGCAGCACAGAGACAAGCGAUCAUGCGAAAGAAGAAGACAGCGCAGCGGCUUAGCGUAAAUGAUUUGUCUGGAAGUCCGGGUGCAGAACAGACACUGGAAUCCACGUGCGCGGAGCCCGAGACAGGGGACCGACUUCCACCAACAAGCCGUGACCGCCGAUCCACCACAGACAGCUCGACAAACACCUACACGGACAAUGAUACGAACGAUUUCAUUCUUGUACGCGCAGAAACCUCCUUAAAUCUUGGCCCCAUGGUUUCAAGGCGCGAGGGAAAAGAUGUGUCGCCCAUACCCAGCACAACCCCGUGUCCACGGGUUCAAGAUGGAGUCCGUGGUAACGAAACGGACCUGGACGUUAAUUCUUUUGGUCACCACACCUUAACAUCGAAGAUUACCACAGCUGAGACCAAUUCGUUGAAAGAUGCUGGCUUAGACACCAUGGAUCUGGAGCUCGAUACCAUCAUGGACGCCGACUUCGAUUUUGACGUUGACUUCGACGCGAUCAUGCACCCCGAUAGUCCUAUCAAGCAAAAUCAGCCGUCACUCGUGUCACCCACUCCACUGGUAGAGGUGCCGAUAAAUCAACCAUCGACAGUUACUGGUCAGCUCGAGAACGCCUGGGAACGGGUCAUGUCUGGGACCUCGGAAUUGCAACGCAUCAUCAGUGCUAUUGCCCCCGGGAACUCUUGCUCAUCAUCUUCCAGCACAAGGUGCUCCUGUCCGAAUUUGAUCGGCAGACUCCAACUAUUUGCUUUGCACCCGAGAUUGGCGCCACACAAUCACAGAAAAAGUCGUGCUGACCGUCAUUCCCACAGCCGGCCACCACUAGAUCUCUUGGUUUUCCUUGACGAUGUUGUUCAUCAAAGUAUCUCAGCCGUGUUAUCCUGUGAAUUCUGCAGCACAUCGCCUCGUGUGCGGCUCACCCUGUAUCUCCAAAUCGAUUGGCUCGUCGAUGUGUUGAGGGAGACAUUGGAGACAGACCUUCCGCGAUUCUUAUCAUCGCAUAAGGGGCUUGAUCUCGUCAACGCAACACAUUCGGGUGAAUAUUCUGUGGGUACAAAUGUCCUAGGCCAUCAUGUAGCCCCUGCAUCGAAGAACAGAUCAGCAAGACAGAAUGCUGAAGAUGAAGGCACAGACAACAGUUGGAAGCAUGAGUCAAACCUCCUUCGCCUCGGAUCCUUCUGUCUGGAAGGGGAGCUGUGGCAGAUAUGCAUCCGAGAACUCUUCAAGGCCCGACUGAAUCGACUAUCCCGCGUGGUGGAACGAAUGGCUGGACACAAAAGCCAAAAUGGGUUCCAUGCUGGAAUAGACAACAUAAAGACCAACUCGUUGGAAAAGGCCUUGGUAAACAUGACAACGGAUGUUUAUUCAAAAAUUGAAUCGCUGUUUGGCAUGAUCGAGCUCUGCGAAGCCUGA